GUGGGCACAGGUGGGUGGCACUGGUGGGCACAGGUGGGUGGCACUGGUGGGCACAGGUGGGUGGGCACAGGUGGGUGGCACUGCUGGGCACAGGUAGGUGGCACUUCUGGGCACAGGUGGGUGCACUGCUGGGCACAGGUGGGUGCACUGCUGGGCACAGGUGGGCGGAACUUGUGGGUGGCACUGCUGGGCACCGAUCAUCAGGGCACUGAUCAUCAGUGCCCUGAUGAUCGGUGCCGAUCCUCGCUCUGACAACUGCCGGUUCUAGGCAGUACUUUCCUCACGAUCUGACAGCGUGAGGAAAGUGCAGCUGAGAACCGGCACUUGCAU